GAGCCGUCAAGUUCUUUUAGCAACUUUCAAAAACUUUGCUAUUUUAAAAUCUCGUGACUUUUCGAAAUACAAACAGCAACACUUUAGGAUACCUGUGGUAGUAGUGCCAGUCCUUUUAAUUGUAAUUCCAACUCUCUUGUUUCGCUGUUUGUUGUGUUUUUGCGAUUAUGGCAUGGCUGUACAUAGCGUUAUCGCCCUUCGUAGCCGUCUUUAUCUACCCCGUUAUCGUCUUAUUGGCGAUGUACUCUGCAGCUCUGUUCGUUAAUGUCUAUCUUCAUCGUCGACGUCAGUUAUACGAUGCGUACUCGGAGAAUUUUUGGAUCGGCGCAACGCAGACUGUUGUCGAUGCGCACGGAGAGUUUUGGCACGGUUAUGAAAUGUUGGGCAUAGAGAAACUACCGGAUGCGGGUGCAGCACUUCUUAUCUAUUACCACGGCGCCAUCCCAAUAGAUAUGUACUACAUCAUGGCGAGGCUGAUUCUACAGAAGAAACGCCGGCUGAGAAACGUCGCCGCUACGUUUCUGUUCUACGUCCCCGGUACACCAACAUUGUAGCCUGCCCUACCCAAAUAUUUUCAUUAUUCUCGGGAAAGCCAGAUUCUUUAGGGACCUACCAUUUGGUAUCCAUCCUCCCCCCCCCCCAAAAAAAAAAAUAAUAAUAAUAAUCAACCAAGUCUUAAUGUCAGAGCCUCAGAACCCAGCUCAAAAAUCACUUCUACUGGCCUUUAAUUUCUUAAUUGCUUGUAUAGAUUAAGAACACAAAUGAUAACAUCUUCCGCAACAUUAUGGCUUGUCAUUAGGAAACAGUGAAAUGUGAUCAUCUUUAGUCUCUAGACUAAAUAAGGUGUGCUGAGUCAAGUCAUUAGUAUAGGGUGUGGUUAAUAGGAGGGGUAGAGGGUGCCAUGAGUCAAGUCAUUAGUAUAGGGUGUGAUUGAUAGGAGGGGUAGAGGGUUCCAUAAGUCAAGUCAUUAGUAUAGGGUGUGGUUGAUAGGAGGGGUAGAGGGUGCCAUGAGUCAAGUCAUUAGUAUAGGGUGUGAUUGAUAGUAGGGUUAGAGGGUUCCAUGAGUCAAGUUAUUAGUAUAGGGUGUGGUUGAUAGGAAGGGUGGAGGGUGCCAUGAGUCAAGUUAUUAGUAUAGGGUGUGGUUGAUAGGAGGGGUAGAGGGUGCCAUGAGUCAAGUCAUUAGUAUAGGGUGUGGUUGAUAGGAGGGGUAGAGGGUUCCAUAAGUCGUCAUUAAUAUAGGGCCAGGUUGAACCAGGAUUUUUCUUGGUAGGGUGUUAAAUCCGAAAAAGAGGACCUAAUUUUUUCAGGGGG